GACCAGAAAACGCUUCAAUUAAUGCUACACCCCUUUCUUCGCACUCUGUGUUGACCGUGUGAGCCGAUCCCGCUCGACUGAGUGGCGAAAUGCCAGGGACACUCCUGCCCCCGAGAUCCCACCGGCAACACGCGCAGAUGGAUCGAACAGUGGCCUCAGGGCCGGAUCUCUAUUUGAUAGCCGAUCAGGAUACUGUAUAUGAACAGGAUCUCCUUAGGGAUACCGGCAGUAUCAAGCCAUGGCUUUCUUAUAUCGAAUAUAAGCAGCAACAUGGGACGCUUUACGAGCAAGCUUUUGUGAUGGAGCGUGCUUGUAAGCAGCUCCCCAGAUCUUACAAAUUGUGGAAGAUGUACCUAGAAUUCCGCACAAAGCAUCUCAAGGGCCGCAACCCGACUAUAUACCGAACUGAGUUUCAGAAGGUUAACGCCCUUUUCGAGCGUGCCCUCAUACUCCUCAACAAAAUGCCGCGGAUUUGGGAAAUGUAUCUUUCGUUCCUACUUCAGCAGCCCCUCGUGACACAAACACGACGUACAUUCGACCGUGCGCUACGAGCCCUGCCCGUCACUCAACACAACAGAAUAUGGAGACUUUACAAGACUUUUGCGCGUUCUGCUUCGGGCCAAACAGCCGUGAAAAUUUGGGCUCGUUACAUGCAGAUCCACCCAGAGAACGCGGAGGAGUAUAUAGAGCUUCUCGUGGAAAUGGGUCAAUACACUGAAGCCGUGAAGAGAUACAUGGAGAUACUCGACAAUCCCAGAUUCCAGUCAAAGGAAGGGAAGAGCAAUUUUCAACUGUGGACUGAAAUGGUGGACCUGCUCGUGUCGAAGGCGAAACAGAUCGAAACAGGCCCCCAGGUCGGCAUCGAUGUGGAUGCAAUUCUUCGCAGUGGAAUCGACCGGUUCGCCGAUCAGCGAGGUAAACUGUGGGCUGGUUUGGCGACAUAUUGGAUCACCAAGGGCAGUUUCGAAAAGGCCCGGGAUACCUUCGAGGAAGGCAUUACGACAGUCAUGACAGUUCGCGACUUUACACUUAUCUUCGACUCCUAUGUUGAAUUUGAGGAAUCCAUCAUUGGAAAUUUGAUGGAAGCGGCGGCCGUCCGCGCCGAUAAAGCCCAAUCCGAUGAAGAGGCCGAUUUCGAUCUCGAUCUCCGAAUGCUGAGGUUCGAACAACUCAUGGACCGUCGACCGUUCCUUGUCAACGAUGUAUUGCUUAGACAGAAUCCUAACAAUGUCAUCGAAUGGGAAAAGAGGGUUGCUUUGUGGGGCGAUAACAAGACGGAGAUUGUCAACACUUACACGGCAGCUAUCGCGGCUAUUAGUCCUAAGAAGGCCCAUGGGAAGUUCUCUGAGCUCUGGGUGAACUACGCUAAAUUCUACGAGAAUGGAGGUGAUCUAGAUUCAGCCCGGGUUAUUUUCGAGAAGGCUGUGAAGGUUCCCUUCAAAUCGGUUGCCGAGCUCGCUGAGACAUGGUGUGAAUGGGCAGAAAUGGAACUUCGUGGUGAGAAUUUCGAUAUGGCUGUCGAAAUCAUGGCAAAGGCGACGCAAGCGCCGAAGAAAUCAACAGUCGACUACUUCGAUGAAACUCUAUCACCUCAGCAACGUGUUCAUAAGAGUUGGAAGUUGUGGAGUUUCUACGUCGAUCUGGUUGAGAGUGUCGCAUCACUAGAAGAGACGAAGAAAGUCUACGAGCGAAUUUUCGAGCUACGCAUCGCCACGCCUCAAACUGUGGUCAACUAUGCCAACCUUUUAGAGGAACACAAAUACUUCGAAGAUUCGUUCAAGGUUUAUGAACGGGGAUUGGAUCUCUUCAGCUACCCGGUUGCGUUUGAGCUCUGGAACCUGUACUUGACCAAAGCAGUGGACCGAAAGACCGGUAUUGAAAGACUGCGGGAUCUCUUCGAACAGGCUCUGGAUGGAUGUCCUCCAAAGUUCGCCAAGCCACUUUACUUAAUGUAUGGCAAUCUAGAAGAGGAACGCGGAUUGGCCCGCCACGCCAUGAGAAUCUACGAACGCGCUACACGGGCGGUGUCCGACGAGGACAGAUUCGAGAUGUUCGAGUUCUAUAUUACGAAGUCUGCUUCAAACUUUGGAUUACCCUCCACGAGACCGAUCUACGAACGGGCUAUUGCGGCAUUGCCCGACCAAGAAGCCAAGGAAAUGUGCCUCAAAUUUGCAGAAAUGGAACGACGACUUGGCGAAAUCGACCGGGCCCGUGCUAUCUACGGCCAUGCUUCUCAGUUCUGCGACCCCAGGACCAACGCUCUGUUCUGGCAGAAAUGGGAGGCAUUCGAAGUUCAGCACGGCAACGAAGACACUUUCAAGGAGAUGCUUCGUAUCAAGAGAAGCGUACAAGCACAGUACAACACCGAUGUCAAUUUCAUCGCCUCCCAGGCUAUUGCUCGCAGUCAACAGCGAACCCAAGAAGGUGGCAACGAACAGGGGGUCGAAGAAGGAGAUGGUUCGACAGACCGUGCAGAUGCGAUGGCAGCGCUGGAGCGGCAAGCGCGUGCUCCGGUGGGCUUUGUCGCUGCCAGUACUGGCCCGGAGGGUGGAAAUCGACUUCCACCUGCGGGUCAAGAGCAGCCAGCUGCUCCCGCGAACCCUGAUGCGAUUGACCUUGACGAAGACAUGGACGCUGAGUGAAGAAAUACCUUGCGAUUAUAACCUUUGUGUUUCCGUUAUGGCUUUGGAUAGUUGCGCUGGCCGAGUUAUCUCAAUUAUCAUCAAACUGAUGCGUGAAUAUCACACUCCCUUGAUGUUUACCUUGUAACAUUUAUCCGCAUGAUAUCUCCCCGCAGCCUUUUUUUUUCCUUUUUUUCCUGGGCUGUCUGCUAUCUCAUCACUUGCUUGAACCGUGAAUGUCAUAUCUGUCCUUCACUUCUCCUUUGUUUGUUAUUUACACCGCUCCUCUUGGUGGUCUGUGAGAUACCUUCAACGGCGUUUACUGUAGACGGAAAUGGCUAUCUCAAUCUGG